UCGCGAUAUGCAGCAUUUCUCCAAGGUUUUUCCGGCCUUCCCUUCUGUCUCCCAAAUUCCUGCUCAUGCCUGAUAUGAGUGAACGACCUCGGGAUAACCAACGUACUCGCCAUCGCAUUACGGCUGCAUGCGAUGCAUGUCGAGCAAGGAAAGUCAAGGUACGGUCCCAUUGGCAAUGCUCCUCGGCCACCGCUUCUCAUUAUCCAUCAUAGUGUGGCAUGCCGAGUGAUGGUUCACGCUGUUUAGUGUGUACGGAUCUUGAUAUAGAUUGCACAAACAUACAGCCCCGAAAGCGAAGAGGCCCCAAAAACCGUUAUGUUCAAGCCUUGCGCGCCCAUCUGGACGGGACCACGGUUGAGGAGAGCAUUUCCGGGCGGCCCAGUCUAGGCCUCAUCGCCUCAUACGAGAUCAUACAGAACAUCAUCUCCGACUGGUUCGACUGGAUACACCCUGUUGCCCCUAUAUUCCACAUGGCGACGUUUACUCGGCGAGUUGCGGAAAGUCAGAGCACAGGUGACUGCUCGGCACCCUUUCUGCUACUGGUGGCGUCAAUGUGUGCCGCCACUGUUGCGAGUCUUCCAAGGCGAAGUUCUCUUUAUGGUGGAGUGACUUUCGGGCAUUGCAUUUCUUUGGCCGAACGCUUUCAAUUGUGGAGCCCGAGCACGAAUAUCACACUAGAGAGAACACUGACGCUUUACAACUUGUCUUCUGCAGCCAGCCACGAGUUUGACUUGGACGCAGCGUUCGUGCAGCGGUCAAUGUCAGAAGUCGCUUGUAGUCUCAAAUACUUGGUCCAUUAUGAGCUUGAUCGCAUGACGUUUCUCGAUCAGCAGUUGCUGAAGCGCGUCUAUUGGUUAGCCUACGCAGGCCAGUGUACGGGUGACAUGCAUGGCAGGCCACUCGUUGUUUUACGCCAACCACACGAUCAUGUCAAUGCAUUGAUCCCUUUGGAAGUCUCGGAUGAGCAACUAUCCAAAGGUGGUUCGGAAUUGGUCGACGGAGAAGACUAUCCGCAGACUGAUUCGUAUAUUGCGGGGUUGAACGUGCUGUCGAGACUUUUUCUAGUGUGGCAAUCCAGCCAAGCGAUUGCAGCACAGUCAAUGGACAACCUCCAACGACACAUUUCGCAGGCUCAGCAAGUGCUUGCUGGCCUGCCUCCUGAACUGACCUGGCACGAAAAGGAGAAGCCAGUUCAAACCAAAAAAGAAUUCGCCUUCACCGUACAGAAGGUGAACCUCAAAGUCACGCAGUUGCAUGUUCGAUCGAAUUUACUGGAGCAGAUGAACACCAUUGCCAAAGAUCAGCAGCUCCGCUUCACGCCUCACGCUAUCAUCGAAGAGCGACAUCAAGUGGUGGAUGAGCUGCUGGAAACACUCUACCGUGUGCCAAAAGAAGUUUUCGAUGCAAACGGCUACAGCAUCGUGCCGAAGAUUAGAGACAUCGGUAGUGCCUUGCUUGACGAACUUCGUACCGGAAUGCAUGGUCGCACCUCACAGGCUAGCACCAGCCUCGACAAGUUGUUAGCAAAGUUGGAAGAGUUGGAUAUGAGACACGUGGUAUUGACGCCAGUUGGGUAG